AAAUGACUGAUUCAUUCCACUUUCAUUUAUAGUCCGAAUUCUCAUCGAGCGAAAAUUACAUCGAUUUUGUUACCUGGAACAUAAUAUAUCAAAAUCAAAAGCAAAAUUCACAAGUUCUUAAAAUCAAAAUCACAACAGUACUUGAACAAAUUAUCAGUGAUUUCAAAUAGAGAAACCGAAAAGGCUUUGAGUUUAAUCGAAAAACAAAAUGAUUGAUGACAUUAAAGAUGAGAAUCAAUUCGUCGUCGACGAUGUGAGUAAAAUAAUUAAAGAAGCUAUCGAAAACACAAUUGGUGGUAACGCAUAUCAACAUGACAAAGUGAAUCAUUGGACCAAAACGGUGGUUGACAAUUGUCUCGCUGUCUUGACAAAACUUCAAAAACCAUACAAAUACAUUGUAACUUGCAUGAUUAUGCAAAAGAAUGGUGCCGGUUUGCAUACAGCUAGCUCAUGUUAUUGGAACAAUGAAACGGACGGUUCGUGUACGGUUCGUUGGGAGAAUAAGACAAUGUAUUGCAUAGUAUCUGUCUUUGGUUUGGCCAUUUAAAAAUCUACACACCACUAUUCCUUCCCACAAUAGCCGCCAAUAUCUUCAAAGAAAUAAAUGGCUUCGAAAGCGUCCGUUGUGUAAAAUUCUUGAACAAUGGAAUUAAACAAUUGAUAUAGUUAGAGCUUAAUGGAUAAGUUAGACUAAAAAAAUCUGAUUUAAUUUGUAAUUUUUAUGAACCGAAAUAAAUUGAACGCAAAUGGCAAUAAAAAUGAAAA